UAAACAUCUCUAUAUACUCCUCCUCCUUCCUUGCUUCUACUUCCACCCCCCUUAAUGGACCCUAAGUUCGCCGGAAAGCCCAUUCAGGCCCAAUUCUAUUCGGGUCAAACUGACCUGGACCAGAUGCAAGACACUCCAACACGAGCCCGGCACCGCCGUGCCCAAUCGGAAACCUUCUUCCGUUUCCCCAGCUUCGACGAUGACAUGCUUUUAGACGAUGUCGUUUCCGACUUCAGCCUCGAUGCUGUUCGAGCUCCUACACUCAUGCAACCUGCGAAUUCACCCGAUUCUUCCUCCACUGGACCGGGUGAUAACCCUAAUAAACCGCUAUCUCAUUAUCGGAGUUUAUCUGUUGAUGCUGAUUUUUUUGACGGACUGGAUUUUGGUCCUGCCUCAAUUGAGAAGAAGAUGGUGAUGGGUUCUGGACCGCGUCAUGGACAUAGCAAUUCCAUGGAUGGGUCUUUUGAUACGACGUCGUUUGAGUCUGAAUCGGUUUUGGUUAAGAAGGCUAUGGCUCCUGAUAAGCUUGCUGAGCUGUCAUUGAUUGAUCCUAAAAGAGCCAAAAGG